AGCAUCUCGCAACAAUACCAACACGAUGCAGAAAUGCGUGUACCUUGUUACAUUCUUCCUCGUGCUCGCCGCCUGCUCAUCACACCCCCAGAAAUUUCGCCACUGGUUUCCAAAGUACGAGUACCACUGGCUCGAGGCCUCCGAAACCUGCCGGGUACAGCUAAACGACUACUGGACCGGGAACCGCACUCGAAACCAUGCAAUCUGCGCGGUUGCAACAGACUGCAUCCUCCGGAACACGACGGAAACGAUAAAGUCGAACAUGGCUUCCGCAGCCAUAUUCCUUGGCCUGGCGCCCAGUAUUCUCGCACUCUUAGGGCCGAGUGUUACGGAACUGAGCCUGCUUUCGGCACGCUUCCCGAUCCUUGCCAUAUUGCUUGCUCUAGCAUCGCCGGCUAUCAAUUCACUGAAUCGCUUUCGGGGUCCAGAAUCCUCCGGGGAGAUAUUAGGAACUUCUACAAGCAAAAUCGCCCACUGCUGGCAUGACUGGAUGAAGAAUCAAUCGCCCCCCGUCAAGGCGGCGGUACGAGCGGCGGAGUACGUGGUAGUUGUUGGAAUGUUGGUAAAUACGAUCCAAGUGUCGAUACACCUCGACCUUCGAUCCGUCUCUGGUUGGCGAUGUGGACAGAUGCACAUGCCGUUGAUAUGGAGUCUCCUAAGCCUCAUCGUUCACGGGAUGGGCAUCUUAGCAGUGCACCUUCGCCAGCAGGCACCAUCCACGUACAUCGCCUCCCAGUGUCCAGAACCUGCCGGAAAAGGGAGAUCUCUUUGCUCACCAUAUCUGAGACUCGGAACCGUACUUUUUGGGUCCAGAAGAUGGCAAUGCCUAGUGCGCGGUCAGGACGGCAAAUUUGGCGAGCUUCUCUUCUGGCUUGCAUCAUUGACAGGCAUCGGUCACAUUAUGUUCGGUGUAUUAGUCUUCUCAUCGCUUAUAUUUGUUGGUGCUCUGGAUGCGCUUCCAGUUCUUGCUCGAUACGCGGUUAGUGCGGCCGUAUGUCAGGCUAUCCUGCUUCUUGAACUUGCCGGUAUGCGAUUAGACAUGGCUGGAACGGAGCUUACCGCAAAGGAGGAGGCCCAGGCAACUUCGGACGCGAAAUGA